AAUAUCUUCAUAAGCAAUUCAAAAUCUCUUUAUUCGACUCCUUUUCUUGCAAAUACUUUACAUUUUCUGCUCUGAUCUUCAUGGCUUCCUUAAGUGAUGUUCAAAUAUCAAUGCCUAGCGAUAGACAAGUACCUGAAAAAGAGUACUUUGAUUACUCACAAAGGGCACAAUGGCUUCGAGCAGCUGUAUUAGGAGCAACAGAUGGCUUGGUUUCAGUUGCAUCAUUAAUGAUGGGUGUAGGAGCUGUUAAAAAUGACGUUGCAGUCAUGAUUCUUACUGGUUUUGCUGGCCUAGUAGCAGGUGCGUGCAGCAUGGCUAUCGGGGAGUUUGUGUCUGUAUACUCACAGCUAGAUAUUGAGGUAGCUCAGAUGAAAAGAGACAAGAGAAUGCUGGACAAUGAGAAGAAUGAUGAUGAAAGCGAAAAGGAACAACUGCCAAAUCCCUUUCAGGCUGCAUUAGCGUCAGCUCUUGCAUUUUCUUUAGGGGCUUUAGUUCCAUUACUAGCUGCUGCAUUUAUAGGUGAUCAUAAGGUGAGGCUUAUUGUGGUGAUUGCUGCGGUAACCUUUGCAUUGCUCGUGUUUGGAGGAGUUGGAGCAGUGUUGGGAAAGACCCCGGCUCUGAAAUCUUGCGCUAGGCUGCUGAUUGGUGGCUGGAUAGCAAUGGCUAUUACCUUUGGUUUAACCAAAUUAAUUGGCUCUAGCGGUUUGUAGAGAGUGAUCAUUAAAGUAAUAUUAAUAUUGAUAUGAAUGAUAAUAUAUUUAGUAUUCUCCUGCCCCUUUGUCCUUUUCUUUCUGAAUAGAAAUAUAAUUUCUUUCCUGUC